AUGGCCAUCCCCAACUCCAUUCCUACCCUUUGGGUGUCCGACCCACAGCUGCAGCCGGGGGGAGCCCAGGCCGAGAGCACGGAGGAGCACUCUGCCACCCGAGGUCCUGCGGAGGAGAUCAUCCGGCCCCGGCCACAGGGGUCCUCACCUGUCUAUGAGUACCCGGCCGAGGGUGCUGGCUUUGGGGUCCAGGCGGGCGCCCCGGGCAGGCGCCGCUCCGGGAGGCGGAGGUCGUGGUGGAAGCGGCUCUCCGGGGAUUCGCAGGACUCCAGCGUGAGCCAUGCGCAGGCCAUGCAGGAGACAGCGGAGGUGACGCUGAAGACGGAGGUGGAGGCCGGAGCCAGUGGCUACAGUGUCACCGGCGGCGGAGCCCAGGGGAUCUUUGUCAAGCAAGUGCUGAAGGAUUCCUCGGCCGCCAAGCUCUUCAGCCUGAGAGCAGGUGAUCAGCUGCUCAGCGCAACCAUAUUCUUCGACGACAUUAAAUAUGAAGAUGCUCUCAAAAUUCUACAGUACUCGGAGCCAUACAAGGUUCAGUUCAACCUCAGACGGAAACUCCCUGCUCGUGAGGAAGAGGAGUGUGCUGUCCAUGACCCCCAGCUAGGCUGGAAGGGCCAGCAGGACAAGGAGGCUCCGGACGGGUGCACAGAGACCCCCACGAAGACGCUGGAGGCAGACGGAGACCGAGAGAGACUCAUCGCCAAGCCGAGCGGAGGGCGGGGUAGGAGGUCGCAGGACAGGCUCUCUUGGCCCAAAUUUCAAGCGAUCAGGAGCCGCGGGACACCAGGACCGCGGCGCUCACACAGUUCCUCAGAGGCCUACGAGCGCAGGGAUUCGCGCAACCUGUCCCCAUCUAGCACUGACACGGAGGCCCUGGGCGGGACGCCAGCAGGCGGCCGGAGGAAAAGGUUCCCCCUGCACCUGCGGCUGAGGAGGAGCUCCGCACAGGGCCGCGCAGGCAGGCCAGCCCCAGGGCAGGGUCACACGGGGGCUCAGCAGCAGCUGGAGCCUGGGGAUGGUGAUCCGCAGGAUGCAGAGAGCGCGGCGGGCGGCAGGCGGGAGAGCAGGACGCAGGCACGGGAGGCCACAAACCUGCCCCUGGAGUCAAGCCUUGUGGGUGGAGAGGAGGAGCCCUGGAUCUGGGAAGGCAGGGCAGCUGGAAGACAGCCGGAGACUCCGCAGGGGAAGACACAGGAGGAGGCAGAGACACGCGGGGAGCUGGGCGCCCGCACAGCCCUGGGGAGGCGCAGGGAAGACGGCCCGGAAAUGAGGGUCAGCAGACGGUCCCUGCAAGACGACACGGAGGAGGUGGACGUACGCGGACAACCUCCAGAAACCCAGGUCAGAAUACGCCCUCUACAGACACCAAAAUUUGGAUUUUCCAAAGAAAAAGGUCCACAGACAGAAAGAGGCUCUUCUGCUCACGAGGAACGCCGCGCAGAGCAGAGGUCUUGUGGAGAGGGGGCCACGUUGCCCAAAGGGAGCGAAGGCUGGUGGCCCGCGGGCCUUCAUGCAGAUCAGCCUGGACAGGAGGAAGGGACCACGCACGGAGAACCAGAGACACGAGGCCCCGGAGACAUGGAGGAGGCCGCGAACGGCAAGUACCAAAGUCCAGGGAGGACGAAGAUGCCAAGGUUCAAAAUGCCCUCCUUCUCAUGGUCUCCCACAAAACAGGCAGGAGCCGGCUACCACAAACAAAUCCAAGAAAAAGAAAGACAGCCAGGAGAAAGACAUGAGGGCGAACAGGUAACGAUGAAAUUAGACAUAAAAGACAAGGAGGCCGACGCGGAAGACGGAGGCAAACUAAAACCUGACAGAAUACAAAGGCAACGGAAACAAACUGUGACCACAACAGAAGAAAACGACCUUUGUAACACAAGGGAAGGAAACAGGAUGACCAUGGGAGUGAACAUGCAGGUCGCUGGGGCCAAGCUUGAGGGAGACCUGACCCCAGGGGACAAGGACAUGACCGCCAAAGACAGCAAGCUCAAAAUGCCCAAGUUCAAGAUGCCGUCCUUCGGUGGGUCAGGGCCGGACAGGCCUCUGGAGGGUGUGCUCCAGGAGUCCACGCCCAAGGUGCAGGGUGACGUGGACCUUUCCCCUGCCCACAGGGACCUGAAGACCCCUGAGGUCAGCGCUCAGCUGCCCUCUGACAAAGAGCAGGCCAGGCUGGACCAGAUGGCCAUGAGACUGCCCGAGGGACAGAUUCUCAAGGGAGAGCUGGUAGGACACCCUACUGGAGCUGGCCUCAAGGGUCACCUGCCCAAGGUGCAGAUGCCCAGCCUGAGGAUGCCUAAAGUGGACUUCAAGGGUCCCAAAGUAGAAAUCAAGGCCCCCAGUCUAGAGGCGAAGGGCCUCAAGGCUGAAGCAGACACCCCUGAUCUAGAGAUGUCUCUGCCCAGUAUGGAGGUGGACAUCCAGACCCCCAUUGCCACCCUGGAAGGGGACCUGGCCCUCAGAGACAAGGACAUGUCCACCAAAGACAGCAAGUUCAAAAUGCCCAAGUUCAAGAUGCCAUCCUUUGGCUUGUCGGCACCCAGCAAGUCCUCAGGGGCUGAGAUAGAGGUGUCAACACCCAAGCAGGGCAAGGGCCUGCCCUCUGUCCACGGGGACCUGAAGACCCCUGAGGUCAGUGUUCAGCUGCCCUCUGCUGAAAUGGAGGCCAAGCUGGACCAGGUGGACAUGAAGAUAUCAGAGAGCCAGCUGUCAAAGGGAGAGCUGGAAGGCCACUCUACUGGAGCUGAACUCAAGGGUCACCUGCUCAGCCUGAAGAUUCCCAAAGUGGACCUCAAGGGCCCCCAGGUGGACAUCAAAGGCCCCAAGCUGGACGUGAAGGGACACAUGGCUGAGCCAGGUACCUCUGACCUAGGGGUAGCUGUGCCCAGCGUGGAGGUGGACAUCAUGGCCUCUGGUGCCAAGCUGGAAGGGGACCUGACCCUGAGGGACAAGGACAUGUCUGCCAAAGACAGCAAGCUCAAAAUGCCCAAGUUCAAGAUGCCGUCCUUCAGUGUGUCGGUGCCCAGCAAGCCCUCAGGGGGCGCUCUGGAGCUAUCCACACCCAAGGUGAAGGGUGAAGGCCUGCCAUCCAUCCGUGGGGACCUGAAGAGUCACCUGCCCAAGGUGCACAUGCCCAGCCUGAAGAUGCCAAAAGUGGACUUCAAGGGACCCAAGGCUGAAGCAGACACCACUGAUCUAGAGGUAGCUCUGCCCAGCAUGGAAAUGGACAGCCAGACCCCCUGUGCCAAGCUGGAAGGGGACCUAGCCCUGGAGGACAAGGACAUGUCCACCAAAGACAGCAAGCUCAAAAUGCCCAAGUUCAAGAUGCCGUCCUUUGGUUUGUCGGCAUCCAGCAAGCCUUCAGAGGGCGCGGUGCAGGUGUCAGUGCCCAAGGUGCAGGGUGACGUGGACCUGCCCUCUGUCCACGGGGACCUGAAGACCCCUGAGGUCAGCAUUCAGCUGUCCUCUGCUGAAAUUGAGGCCAAGCUGGACCCACUGUCUGUGACCCUGCCCGAGGGCCAGCUGCCUGAGGGAGACCUGCCCUCAGGGGGCGCUCUGGAGCUAUCCACACCCAAGGUGAAGGGUGAAGGCCUGCCAUCCAUCCGUGGGGACCUGAAGACACCUGAGGUCAGUGCUCAGCUGCCCUCUGCUGAAAUUGAGGCCAAGCUGGACCAGGUGGCCCUGAAGCUCCCCGAGGACCAGCUGCCUGAGGGAGAUCUGGAGGGCGAGCCUACUGGAGCCGGCCUGAGCAUCCACCUGCCAAAGGUGCAGAUGCCCAGCCUGAAGAUGCCCAAAGUGGCCCUCAAGGGCCCCCAGGUGGAUAUCAAGGGCCCCAAGGCUGAAGCAGGCACCGCUGAUCUAGAGGUAGCUCUACCCAAUGUGGAGGUGGCCAUCCAGACCCCCAGUGCCAAGCUGGAAGGGGACCUAGCCCUCAAGGACCAGGAUGUGUCCACCAAAGACAGCAAAUUCAAAAUGCCCAAGUUCAAGAUGCCAUCCUUUGGUGUGUCGUUGACCAGCAAGCCCUCAGAGGGUGAAGUGGAGGUGUCAGUGCCCAAGGUGCAGGGUGACGUGGACCUGCCCUCUGUCCACGGGGACCUGACGACCCCUGAGAUCAGCGUUCAGCUGUCCUCUGCUGAAAUUGAGGCCGAGCUGGACCAGGUGGCCAUAGAGCUCCCUGAGGGCCAGCUGCCUGAGGGACAGCUAUUGGGCCAUAUCGACAGAGCUGACCUCAAAGGUCACCUGCCCAAGGUGCACGUGCCCAGUCUGAAAAUGCCAAAGGUGGACUUUAAGGCUCCUCAGGUGGAUAUCAAGGGCCCCAGGCUAGAUGUGAAGGGCCCCAAGGCUGAAGCAGACACCCCUGAUCUAGAGGUAGCUCUGCCCAGUGUGGAGGUGGACAUCCAGACCCCCAGUGCCAAGCUGGAAGGAGACCUAGCCCUCAAAGACCAGGAUGUGUCCACCAAAGACAGCAAAUUCAAAAUGCCCAAGUUCAAGAUGCCGUCCUUCGGUGUGUCGAUGCCCAGCAAGCCCUCAGAGGUCACGGUGGAGGUGUCAGUGCCCAAGGUGCAGGGUGACGUGGACCUGCCCUCUGUCCAUGGGGACCUGAAGACCCCUGAGGUCAGCAUUCAGCAGGACCAGGUGCCCGUGCAGUUGUCCGAGGGCCAGAUUCUUGAGGGAGAGCUGAUGGACCAGCCAGCUAGAGCUGACUUCAAAGGUCACCUGCCCAAGGUGCUCAUGCCCAGCCUGAAAGUGGACUUCAAAGCUCCUCAGGUGGACAUCAAGGGCCCCAAGAUGGACAUGAAGGGCCCAAAGGCUGAAGCAGACACUCCUGAUCUAGAGGUAGCUCUGCCCAGCAUGGAGGUGGACAUCCAGACCCCCAGUGCCAAGCUGGAAGGAGACCUGGUCCUCCAAGACAAGGACAUGUCCACCAAAGACAGCAAGCUCAAAGUGCACAUGCCCAGCCUGAAGAUGCCCAAAGUGGACUUCAAGGGCCCCAAGGCUGAAGCAGGCACCCCUGAUCUAGAGGUAGCUCUGCCCAGCAUGGAAAUGGACAUCCAGACCCCCAGUGCUAAGCUGGAAGGGGACCUGGCCCUCAGAGACAUGGACAUGUCCACCAAAGACAGCAAGCUCAAAAUGCCCAAGUUCAAGAUGCCGUCCUUUGGUUUGUCGGCACCCAGCAAGCCUUCACGGGCCGCGGUGGAGGUGUCAGUGCCCAAAGUGCAGGGUGAUGUGGGCCUGCCCUCUGUCCACGGGGACCUGAAGACCCCUGAGGUCAGCGUUCAGCUGUCCUCUGCUGAAAUUGAGGCCAAGCUGGACCAGGUGACCGUAAAGCUGCCAGAGGUUCAGCUGCCCAAGGAAGAGCUGGUGGGCCAGUCUACUGGAGCUGACCUCAAGGGUCAGCUGCCCAAAGUGCAGAUGCCCAGCCUGAAGAUGCCCAAAGUGGACCUCAAGGGCCCUCAGGUGGACAUGAAGGGCUCCAAGGCUGAAGCAGGCACCGCUGAUCUAGAGGUAGCUCUGCCCAGCGUGGAGGUGGCCUUCCAGACCCCCAGUGCCAAGCUGGAAGGGGACCUAGCCCUCAAAGACCAGGAUGUGUCCACCAAAGACAGCAAAUUCAAAAUGCCCAAGUUCAAGAUGCCAUCCUUUGGUGUGUCGUUGACCAGCAAGCCCUCAGAGGGUGAAGUGGAGGUGUCAGUGCCCAAGGUGCAGGGUGACGUGGACCUGCCCUCUGUCCACGGGGACCUGAAGACCCCUGAGGUCAGCAUUCAGCUGCCCUCUGCUGAAAUUGAGGCCAAGCUGGACCAGGUGGCUGUGACUCUGCCCGAGGGCCAGCUGCCUGAGGUAGAGCUGGCAGGCCAGCCCCCUGGAGCUGGACUCAGCGGCCACCUGCCCACGAUGCAAAUGCCCAGCCUGAAGAUGCCCAAAGUGGCCCUUAAGGGCCCCCAGGUGGACAUCAAGGGCCCCAAGGCUGAAGCAGGCACCACCCCUGACCUACAGGUGGACAUGCAAGCCCCAGGUAUCAAGCUGGACAGGGAGCUGAGCAUGGAGGACAAGGACAUGGCCGCCAAAGACAGCAAGCUCAAAAUGACCAAGUUCAAGAUGCCGUCCUUCGGUGUGUCGGUGCCCAGUAAGCCCUCAGAGGGUGAAGUGGAGGUGUCAGUGCCCAAGGUGCAGGGUGACGUGGACCUGCCCUCUGUCCACGGGGACCUGACGACCCCUGAGAUCAGCGUUCAGCUGUCCUCUGCUGAAAUUGAGGCCGAGCUGGACCAGGUGGCCAUAGAGCUCCCUGAGGGCCAGCUGCCUGAGGGACAGCUAUUGGGCCAUAUCGACAGAGCUGACCUCAAAGGUCACUUGCCCAAGGUGCACAUGCCCAGCCUGAAGAUGCCCAAAGUGGACUUCAAGGGCCCCAAGGCUGAAGCAGGCACCCCUGAUCUAGAGGUAGCUCUUCCCAGCAUGGAAAUGGACAUCCAGACCCCCAGUGCUAAGCUGGAAGGGGACCUGGCCCUCAGAGACAUGGACAUGUCCACCAAAGACAGUAAGCUCAAAAUGCCCAAGUUCAAGAUGCCGUCCUUUGGUUUGUCGGCAUCCAGCAAGCCUUCACGGGCCGCGGUGGAGGUGUCAGUGCCCAAGGUGCAGGGUGACGUGGACCUGCCCUCUGUCCACGGGGACCUGAAGACCCCUGAGGUCAGCGUUCAGCUGUCCUCUGCUGAAAUUGAGGCCGAGCUGGACCAGGUGGCCAUAGAGCUCCCUGAGGGCCAGCUGCCUGAGGGAGAGCUGGCAGGCCAGAGUACUGGAGCUGGACUCAAGAGCCACCUGCCCACGGUGCAGAUGCCCAGCCUGAAGAUGCCCAAAGUGUCCCUCAAGGGUACCCAGGUGGACAUCAAGGGCUCCAAGCUGGACAUCAAGGGCCCCAAGGCUGAAGCAGGCACCCCCGAUCUAGAGGUAGCUCUGCCCAGCAUGGAAAUGGACAGCCAGACCUCCAGUGCCAAGCUGGAAGGGGACCUGGUCCUCCAAGACAAGGACAUGUCCACCAAAGUCAGCAAGCUCAAAAUGCCCAAGUUCAAGAUGCCAUCCUUUGGUUUGUCGGCACCCAGCAAGCCUUCACGGGCCGCGGUGGAGGUGUCAGUGCCCAAGGUGCAGGGUGACGUGGACCUGCUCUCUGUCCAUGGGGACCUGAAGACCCCUGAGGUCAGCAUUCAGCUGUCCUCUGCUGAAAUUGAGGCCAAGCUGGACCAGGUGGCCGUGGAGCUCCCCGAGGGCCAGUUGCCAGCGGGAGAUCUGGCUGCCCAGUCUGCCAGAGCUGACCUCAAAGGUCAGUUGCCCAAGGCUCAGAUGCCCAUCCUGAAGAUGCCCAAAGUGGACCUCAAGGGCCCCCAAGUUGAUAUCAAGGGCCCCAAGCUGGAUGUGAAGGGCUCCCAGGCUGAGGUGGCAUCCCCCGUUCUGGAGGUGUCUCUGCCCCGCAUGGAAGUGGACAUUGAGGUCCCCGAUUCUAAGCUGGAGGGGGACCUCGUCCUGGGGGACAAGGAUGUGUCCACCAAAGACAGCAAGUUCCAAAUGCCCAUGUUCAAGAGGCCGUCCUUGGGUGUGUCCGCGCCCGGCAAGCCCCGGGCGGCUGCUCUGGCGGUGUCGGCACCCACCGUGCGGGGCUCAGCAGGCCUGACCUCCGUCCAGGGGGACCUGAGGACCCCUGCGGUGCUGCCCUCGGCCAAACAAGAAUUCGAGGUCUGCCAUGUGUUUGUCGGUCUUUCUGAGGACCAUGGUCCUGAUAUUUCUGUUCCACCCUCUGGUGUUCGGAUUUCUUUUCCUAAAUUCCAUAAACCCAAGUUCACUGUCCGCAGCCCCGCUGUGCCGAGUCACCACGCGGGUCCUCAAGCCGCGGAGCCCUCGGCUUCUCCUCCUGGUUCUGAACCGUGGCGUUGCCCCUGCGAUGCGUCCCUGGCGUCCGGCCCACAUUCCUGCCCGGGGGCAGACGCCGCUCAGCAGCCGGCUGGUUCCUCCGGGGUCACUACAGAUGAAGUUCCUGUAGAGCCUGGCAAAAGCAGUCCUUUCAAAUUACCCCGCUUCAUACUGCCAUCUUUCCAUCAGUCUCCAAAGAAAGUGCCGGAGUGGCCUGGGUCCCUGGGGAGUUCUGCGGGGGACCCCGCCACGCCCGUCCCCUUGGAGUCAGACGAGGCGUUGCCUCCGCCUUGUGCUCAGCUGUCCCAGGACGAAGCAAAUUCCGGCGUUCCUUCAGACAAGGGUGGGGAGAAGGGCAGGACCAAGAAGCCGGGGUUCGCCUUGUGCAGAGUGGCUCUUCCGAAGCUGAAGGCCUCUAAGGGGCCAGCCAGCGCGCCGCAGGGAGACGCCGGGCCCGCUCUUCCAAGGGGCCCGGCCGCAGGACACUCGGAAGCCUCAGGGGGUGACCGUGCCCGGGGGGUUGCUUUGGGUGACGGCACCAAAGAGGGUCUCUCGGAAGGAGAUGGUGUGAGCCUCCAGAUGGCACCCGACCACACCCCCAGCUUGGGCUUUGCCAAACCCAGUCUCAGAGCUUCCACCGCCAAGAUGGAAAGGAAGCCUUGUGACGCUGACCAGCCCCUUCCUGAAGGUCACUCAGCUGUCACCGUUGACCGCAAACCGCCUGAGCCUGGGGACCUGUCAGCCAGCCCGUCUUGUGUGGAGGGGACUGUCCUCCCACCCGAAGACCCUGUCCAGUCUCCCUGCAGACAGCCCGAGGCCAGCCCUGCCGGGAGGCCACCACGCGAGGCGCCCACCGAUGCGCACCAGCGCCGGCUCAAAAUGCCCAAGCUCCGACUUCCUGGCUUCCGACGCUCCUCAUCCCAGGAGCAGGGCGGGGCCGCAGGACAGGAUGCAGCCCAGCUGCCCCUGCCUGCCCCUGACUCGCACACGCCGCCGCCAGUUCUCGGGCCAAACGUGGAGGCGGCGGUGUCCCCUGAGCCCCUGGAGGCGAGGCUGCCUGUGACCGCUCCGCCCAGCCCCCCGCACGCCGCGCUCACACCUGUCCAAAGCCAGGACCACCCCGGCCUGCAGCCGCCCCUGCCCACAGCAGCCGUGGGACAGAGCGAUGUGCCCCGCUCCGAGGCCCCCACCGGGCUGGCAGCAGCCUCCCUCCCCCCGCAGCCGCCCCGCACGGGAGACUCAGAACCCAAGGCUCCCGAAGGAGAGGUCGCCCAGAGGCCUCCGCCCGGGCCCAAAGGCCCCGGCUCCCUCAUCCCCGAAGGGCCUGUGAAGCUGACGGCUUCCUGCACAGACGCACCGGCACAGGUCUCCGUGGUGGGCGUGGACCGGCUCUGGGAGGAUUCCGUGCUGACCGUGAGCUUCCCGAAGCUAAAGGUGCCCAGGUUCUCGUGGCCGGCCCCCAGCUCUGAGGCGGUGUUCUUCCCAGUGGUGAGGGACGACACGGAGUCCGGUGCCUGGGCCGCUGCCGACCGGGACCAGCCUGGGCUGUGGGGGGCCAGGCGCCUGCGGGCCGACGCCGAGGACACCGGGGAGCCUCCUGCACCCCUCUCCUCAGAGGCACCCCCAAUUUCUAAAGUCAAGGUGCGUAUCCAGGGGGCUCCGGGCCAGAGCCAAGAGGUCAUUGUACGCAGCAGGGUGACACGAGAGCAUGCUGGUGUUGCCACCGCUGCGGGAUUUUCCACGCAGAUCGUGCGGGAAUCAGAGAUCCCGGCGUCCGUGACGCAGGUUCCUUCCUACGGAUUUUCCUUGCUGAAGGUGAAAGGUGCAGAGCCCUGCAUGCAGGCCAGCAUCCACACGGGGGCUCUGGGCUCGGGGGCCCCGGGGGGCUUGGGGGGGGCUCCCGCUUCAGCCACCCCAGGCAUGGACCCCUGGCCUGCAGAGCCCCAGCCCGAUGCCACAGAGCCGUUUGAGAUGGUGUCUGCCAGCGUCGCCCUGUCCGGGCUGCCCGAGGAGCCCAUGGGCACCCAGUCUGCAGACCACGGCUCCGACGAGGAGCCUGCAGAAAUCCUGGAGUUUCCCGAGGACAGCUGGGAGGAGGCAGCGACCCCGCUGGCAGGCCAAGACUGGGCUCCGGAAGAGAAGCCAGCCAGCAGGAAGUCUUCUGGUCUGCUGUGGUCUUGGCUUCCGAGCAUCGGGUUUUCUUCCACGGAUGAGACUGGUGCCGAGCCCAGGGAUGACACCCCAAGAUCUACCCCCAUCCAGACGCAGCCCGGGGCCCGGACCGAGGCGGAGCUGCCCAAGAAGCCGGAGAAGCCAGGCUGGCUCCAUCUGCCGAAGUUGGGGUUCUCCUCGCCCACCAGGAAGAGCAAGAGCACCGAGGCCAGGGCAGAGCUGGCGGAGCAAAGGCACCAAGAGGACACCACCACGUUUUUUGAUGCUCGAGACAGCUUCUCUCAGGAGGAGGAGGAGGAGGAGAGAGGGGGUCAGGGGGCAGGGGCUGCAGGUACCAGGCAAUUGGUGGUAAGAGAAGAGCAGGACAGAAAUGCUGGCGAGGAGUCUGGGCCCGUGGCCAACCCGCCUAACUGGGAUGGAAUUCGUGUCCCUUCCCACAACGCUUUGGAAGCAGAGAGUGCAGAGCGCAUGCGCAUGCGGGCUCAGGGCCACGGCUGGCCGCAGAUGCCCAAAGUGGACCUCAAGGGCCCCCAAGUGGACAUGAAGGGCUCCAAGGCUGAAGCAGGCACCCCUGAUCUAGAGGUAGCUCUGCCCAGCGUGGAGGUGAACAUCCAGACCCCCAGUGCCAAGCUGGAAGGGGACCUGGUCCUCCAAGACAAGGACGUGUCCACCAAAGACAGCAAGCUCAAAAUGCCCAAGUUCAAGAUGCCGUCCUUCGGUGUGUCGAUGCCCAGCAAGCCCUCAGAGGUCACGGUGGAGGUGUCAGUGCCCAAGGUGCAGGGUGACGUGGACCUGCCCUCUGUCCACGGGGACCUGAAGACCCCUGAGGUCAGCGUUCAGCAGGUGCCCGUGAAGUUGCCUGAGGGCCAGAUUCUUGAGGGAGAGCUGAUGGACCAGCCAGCUAGAGCUGACCUAAAAGGUCACCUGCCCAAGGUGCACGUGCCCAGUCUGAAAAUGCCAAAGGUGGACUUUAAGGCUCCUCAGUUGGAUAUCAAGGGCCCCAGGCUAGAUGUGAAGGGCCCCAAGGCUGAAGCAGACACCCCUGAUCUAGAGAUGUCUCUUCCCAGCGUGGAGGUGGACAUCCAGACCUCCAGUGGCAAGCUGGAUGGGGACCUAACCCUCGGAGACAAGGAUUGGGGGGUGGCAGGUGGGCAGCUGUGCCAGCAAUACGUCACGGGGGCGGGGGGACAGCCGAGCACCGGCUCGCGUCACUCAGUGGCCUUCUUCUGGCACCGUGGACAUCCUCCAUCCCGGCUCCGUCCCUGA